AUGGGUAAAGCAGGAAGAUUCGCAUGCAUAUUCUUGCCUAUGGCAUUGACCAUCGCGUCACUCAUUUGCACAAUCCUCGUCUUCUCCGGACAGACCAACAAGGACAUGUCACUACCCCGAGAUCUGUACUUCAUCAAGAUCAAUGCAAAAGACUUCACAGCAGACCCAGACACGAUAUUAGACAAGAUCCCCGAUAACAUCGAGAUCAACAACGACCUCCUCAACGCUCUCCAGAGCGUCGCCAAGGCCGACGACAUCAAGGACUUCUACAAGGUCGGACUCUGGAACUACUGCGAGGGCGAGAUCAAUGACAAGGGCGACGAGAAGAUCACCCACUGCUCUCCCCGCAAGACCAACUUCUGGUUCAACCCCAUCGAUGUCUGGAACCUCAAGGACACCGCCGCCCAGAAGGUCUUCGACGAUGAGCUCAAGAACGGCGUCGAGGUCUACUCCAAGAUUGCCAAGUGGGUCUUCACUGCCUACGUCGUCACCAUCUGCUUGACUGUCGCCGAAUUCAUUGUUGGUAUCUUCGCCAUCUUCAGCCGCUGGGGUAGCCUUGCCACCACCAUCGUCUCUUCUGUCCAGACUGUCUUCAUCAUUGGCGCCGCUGGCGCCGUUACUGCCAUCUACGUCAGCUUGCUCGGUGUUUUCUCCGCCGUCCUCAGCCACUACAAGAUCAAGGCCGAACUCGGUGGAUCCAUGAUGGCCGUUGUCUGGCUCGGUGUUGCUUUCUCGGUCGCGUCCGGCUUCUUCUGGCUCAUCUCCGUCUGCUGCUGCUCCGGAAAGUCCCCCCACAAGAAGGUCUCCGUCGAGAAGACUCCAUACACUUACGAGCGUGUCGCUUCUCCUUACCUCGGCGGCCAGCAGCAGGGUCACCAGCUUGGAAACAUGCCUGCGUCCGGCCACGGUACCACUGGUACCGCCUACGAGCCCUUCAGGCACGAUUCUCGCGUUUAA